AUGGCCCCCCACGCCGAUGCCCCGCGAUCUGAGUCCACGGUGGACCCCCGUUACCACGCCUCAUCCUCCAAGGCUGCUAUCCAGGCCGAGAAUGAGUUCGCCGCUCACAACUACCACCCUCUCCCAGUCGUCUUCGCCAAGGCCCAGGGCGUCAAUGUCUGGGACCCCGAGGGCCGCAAGUAUCUGGAUUUCCUCUCUGCUUACAGCGCCGUCAACCAGGGCCACUGCCACCCCGAGCUGGUCAAGGUCCUGAUCGAGCAGGCCGGCCGCCUGACUCUGAGCUCGCGAGCUUUCCACAAUGACGUCUUCCCUCGCUGGGCCGAGAAGGUCCGCGACCUGUUUGGCUACGACAUGGUCCUGCCCAUGUGCACUGGUGCUGAGGCUGUCGAGACGGCCAUCAAGAUUGCUCGCAAGUGGGCAUACAAGGUCAAGGGCGUCGAGCAGAAUAAGGCCUUGAUCUUCUCAGCCCAGGACAACUUCCACGGUCGUACGAUGACUGCCAUCUCUCUGUCUAAUGAUCCAGAGUCCAAGGAGAACUACGGUCCUUAUGUUCCCAACAUUGGCUCUUUUGAUCCCACUACUGGAAAGCCCAUCCGCUACAACAACAUUGCCGAUCUGGAGGAGGUGCUCGAGCGACACGGCAAGGACACCGCCGCCUUUAUCGUCGAGCCAAUCCAGGGCGAGGCUGGUGUUGUCGUCCCCGACGAUGGCUACCUGGCCAGCGUCCAGGCCCUCUGCAAGAAGCACAACGUCCUCUUCAUCUGCGACGAAAUCCAGACUGGUAUCGGCCGCACAGGACGUAUGCUGUGCUCCCAGUGGGCGGGUAUCAAGCCCGACCUCGUCACCCUCGGCAAGGCCAUCUCCGGCGGCAUGUACCCCGUCAGCUGUGUCCUGGGCAGCAAGGACGUGAUGCUGGUUAUCGAGCCCGGCACCCACGGUUCCACCUUCGGCGGCAACCCUCUUGGCGCAGCCGUGUCCAUCCGCGCACUGGAGAUCAUGGAGGAGGAGGACCUCACAGCCAAGGCCGAGAAGCUUGGUAACAUUUUCCGCGACGGCAUCGCCGCCCUCAACACGCCCAUCAUCAAGACUAUCCGCGGAAAGGGUCUCCUCAAUGCGGUCGUCAUUGACGAAUCAGCUGCCUCCGGCCGCACUGCAUGGGAUCUCUGCCUGCUGCUCAAGAGCAAGGGUCUAUUGGCCAAGCCAACGCACGGCGAUAUCAUCCGCUUCGCACCCCCACUGGUUAUCACCGAGGAGGAACUGCGACAUGGCUUGAACAUCAUUGCCGAAGCGAUCAAGGAGCUUCCUACUGUGGAGAAGUCUGGUGGCCACUAA